CGGGCUGCGCCUGCCCGCCCUAUGAGUGUGUCACUGGUUGUGAUCCGACUGGAGCUCGCGGACCACUCGCCCUUGCCCGCCGGCUUCGGCUUCAGCGCGGCCGCUGUUAGGGAAAUGUCUGAUGAAGAAAUCAAAGAAAAGACACUAGCUUCAGCUAAGGGCCAUUUAGAAGGAAAGGCACCAGUGGAGAAGGCAGCAAUCAUACACCAACACCUUGGCCGGCGAGAAAUGACAGAUAUGAUCAUUGAAACCAUAAAAUCGAGCCCAAGUGAGAAGAAAGCUACAAUGGAAGAAAGAAAGUCUUCAGAGGCAUCAUCCUCUCCUGAGAAAAGUAGAAAUGGAGAUCACGGUAAAGAAAUUGCUCCAGAUUCUCCCUCUAAGCAACUUCCGGACCAGAUUUCAUUCUUCAGUGGUAACCCAUCCGUUGAAAUAGUUCAUGGCAUAAUGCACCUGUACAAAACAAAUAAGAUGACCUCUUUAAAAGAAGAUGUGCGUCGCAGUGCUAUGCUGUGUGUCCUCACAGUCCCAGCUACGAUGACCAGUCAUGACCUCAUGAAGUUUGUGGCUCCUUUUAAUGAAGUCAUUGAGCAGAUGAAAAUAAUCAGAGACUCCACUCCAAACCAGUAUAUGGUACUGAUAAAGUUCAGUGCACAGGCCGAUGCAGAUAGUUUUUAUAUGGCAUGCAAUGGUCGACAAUUUAAUUCAAUAGAAGAAGAUGUUUGCCAGUUGGUGUAUGUAGAGAGGGCUGAAGUGGUGAAGUCGGAAGAUGGUGCCAGCCUCCCAGUGAUGGACCUGACAGAGCUCCCCAAAUGCACAGUGUGCUUAGAGAGGAUGGAUGAGUCUGUGAAUGGGAUACUUACCACGUUAUGCAACCAUAGUUUUCAUAGCCAGUGUCUACAACGCUGGGAUGAUACUACGUGUCCUGUUUGCAGAUACUGUCAAACGCCAGAACCAGUAGAAGAAAAUAAAUGUUUUGAGUGUGGAGUUCAGGAAAACCUCUGGAUUUGUUUGAUAUGUGGCCAUAUAGGAUGUGGACGAUACGUAAGUCGGCAUGCUUACAAGCACUUCGAAGAAACACAGCACACAUAUGCAAUGCAACUAACCAACCACCGAGUCUGGGACUAUGCUGGAGAUAAUUAUGUUCAUCGAUUGGUCGCAAGUAAAACUGAUGGAAAGAUAGUGCAAUAUGAAUGUGAGGGUGAUACUUGUCAAGAAGAGAAAAUAGAUGCCUUGCAAUUAGAGUAUUCCUAUUUACUAACCAGCCAGCUAGAAUCUCAACGAAUCUACUGGGAAAACAAGAUAGUCCGGAUAGAAAAGGAUACUGCUGAGGAAAUUAACAACAUGAAGACUAAGUUUAAAGAAACAAUUGAGAAAUGUGAUACUCUGGAGCAUAGACUCAAUGAUCUCCUAAAAGAAAAGCAAUCUGUGGAAAGAAAGUGCACACAACUGAACAUAAAACUAGCCAAACUCUCCACUGAGCUCAAAGAAGAGCAAGAAAUGAACAAGUGUUUGCGAGCCAAUCAACUCCUCCUGCAAAACAAGCUUAAGGAGGAGGAGAAAGUUCUGAAGGAAACUUGUGAUCAGAAGGACAUGCAGAUCACAGAGAUCCAGGAGCAGCUGCGUGAUGUCAUGUUCUACCUGGAAGCCCAGCAGAAAAUUAAUCACCUGCCAGCCGAGACCCGGCAGGAAAUCCAGGAGGGACAGAUCAACAUUGCCGCAGCAAGCUCUCCUGCUGUCGGAGGUACAGGAAAGCUGCCCUCCAGGAAGGGCAGGGGCAAGAGGGGCAAGUGAGCCCCUUCUAAGCAAGCACUUGUGGCUAAGACAGUGGCCUCUGUCACCAGGAGGUUGUCAGGGGCAGCCAGCUCAAUGUGAGGUUGGUUACUGAAUAA